GAGAGUAGGAGGCAGAUGAGAGAGAGCAAGACAUGUUUUGAGCACAGACAACAAGUCCCAAGCAGACCAACAACUAAGGGUAGACAUACUCAUCUGGCGGCUACUAAUCAUUGACAUCUCUGGAUGGCAGCUGGAAACUGGGAAACUGAAGGUACAACUGAUGAGUCAGACUCAGAUAAUCAACAGUCUGGUCCUCAAGCCAUACUGCUGGUGGUUCCUAUUGGAGUACCGUUCACUGAACACCACUGGCAAGGUCUUUGGGCACUGGGAGCAGGGAUAUGGAGGCACACAAUGGUUUUGUUCACCUGUGCGGACCAGUUGAAACAGGACAUGGGUGUGGAGGAAUUUAUUGUGGAUGCCGGGACAGCACUGCAGAGACUGGUGGAGAGGUGCGGCUGUAGGUAUCAUGCCUUGGAUAACACCAGCUUGGACAAAAGUGCUCCGGUUGCAGAGCUUUUGGAGAAAGUGGAGGAGAUGGUACAUGAGAAUCAAGGGCAGUUCUUUGAAAUGGUGCGGUCAAACCUUGUAUUUGGGGAUGAAGACACUGAAAAUGAAAGAGAAGACGAUAGAUGUACAGAAGUGGAAAGGACAGCAGCAAUGUUUAGAUUCCCACCAAGAGAGAUACGAGUGCUGUUAGUAGGCUGGCAUGGAGCAGCGGUCUGGGUUGAGGACGCGGACGUGAAGGAGAGCACGCACGCCCUCAAAAAAGCGAAUUCAUUGGGAAAGUAA